AUGAAGUGGGGAAAAAAGAAACCUUCAACUUCAUUGAUCAAUCAUGUUUUCCCUGUUUCUUGGCUGUCAAAAUUCAAGCAAAAGAAGAAUGGCAACACUGAGCAUCAAGAAGCAGCAAAAAUGAAGCACAAGGGCAAGGUGAAUUUGACUUCUUUGACUUCGCCGACGACGAAUGUUAGCUUGAAAGAAGGCAGAUUCUAUGGUGGAGAUGAUGAUGAUGAUCCUUAUUGGAGGCUUUCUUUUACUGAAGACAGAUUUGAAGCUCAUCCUCAGAAUCAACAAAUUCAGAACCCACUCUGGAAUGGUUCUUAUGAUGAAUGUGAUCAAGUUUCAGCUUGGAAUUCCAAGAUUCUUUUGGCAGAAGAGAAUCACGAGUUCAAUAAUAUGGUUUCAAGAAAGAUAGCGGAAAAGCACAAGAAAAUGUGGAUUGCACAGAAAGAAGCAGAAUUCAGCAACAGAAAGAGGAAUGCUAUCAAAGAUGAGAAGUUGAGGAAACUGAAGCCGGAGAAUGAGAAGGUAAUGCAAAAGAGGAAGGAGAAAUCAAGAGCCUAUUGUACAAGAAAGACGAGGAGUGUGACUGAUUCCAGUCAGAAUACAGUCAAGGAAACUUACAUGUUUGAAUCUCUGAAUCUAGAGGACGAAGCUGAUGAAUUGUCUGAAGAAGAAUUUGAAUCAGAAUGCCUAGAGAUGAAAGACAAGAAGAUCAAAGACAUGUCAGAGAAAAGUGAAUAUCAGCAGAGAAAUUCAGUGUACAUAAACCAGAAGAGAAGACGAAAACAUGGUGUUAAAAUUAGAGCAUAUUCACCAAGAACAACAGCCAAGAUAGAAUGCAGAAUCAAAGCUCUUGAAGACAUGAAGAAAGCAAAGAUGAAGAUGAGACAAGAGACAAAAUCGGGUGGAGACAGGACAGUUUUCGAUAGCUAUGCUGUUGUGAAGAGUUCAUUUGACCCUUUCAGGGACUUCAGAGAGUCGAUGCUUGAGAUGAUAACACAGAGAGGGAUAAAAAACUCAGAGGAGCUUGAAGAGUUAUUGGCUUGUUAUCUGACACUGAAUUGCGAUGAAUACCAUGAUCUCAUUAUCAAGGUCUUUCGACAGGUAUGGUUUGAGCUGAACCAGGUCAAUAUUGGAGCAGGAUUGCAGAAUUGCUGUUGUUCUGAUGACUUGACAAUUGCUUAG